GAAUUAGCCCUAAAAUCUACCAGCCGAUAGAGAGAAGUUAUCGGGUCGGGGGAUUUACCAAGCUCAGAAACUUCCCUCCCAAAACCAACUCACAGAAUCUUGAGAUCUGUUUUCUCUCUUCAGUUCUACGCAGUUGUGGCCAUGCCUGCUACCAAGAAGACUAAUACUGACAUCAUUGGCGAUGUCUUUGAAAAGUUAAUGCGCCGGAUUGGGCGCCCUGUCGAGUUUGAACUUCCGGAUGAGUUCAUCAAGUGCAGGCCAACUCCCUACACCUUCAUUAAGCGCAACAUAUAUCUCACGAAGAAGAUUAAAAAGCGUCUUGAGGAUGAUGGCAUUUUCUGCUCUUGCACUGCAUCGCCAGGUUCUUCUGGUGUUUGUGAUAGAGAUUGCCAUUGUGGGAUGCUACUAUCUAGUUGCUCCUCAGGCUGCAAAUGUGGGGAUUUAUGCCUUAACAAACCCUUCCAGCACCGACCUGUGAAGAAAAUGAAAUUAGUAAAGACAGAGAAAUGUGGAUCUGGGAUUGUGGCAGAUGAAGAUAUUAAACGAGGAGAGUUUGUAAUUGAAUACGUUGGAGAAGUUAUUGAUGACAAAACAUGUGAGGAAAGACUUUGGAAAAUGAAACACCGUGGAGAAACUAAUUUCUAUUUGUGUGAGAUCAAUAGAGACAUGGUAAUUGAUGCCACGUACAAGGGAAACAAGUCAAGAUACAUCAACCAUAGUUGCUGCCCCAAUACUGAGAUGCAGAAAUGGAUAAUUGAUGGUGAAACAAGAAUAGGAAUCUUUGCAACCCGUGACAUAAAAAAGGGCGAACAUCUGACCUAUGAUUAUCAGUUUGUUCAAUUUGGUGCAGAUCAAGAUUGUCAUUGUGGAGCUAUAGGCUGUAGGAGGAAGCUGGGGGUAAAACCUAGCAAGCCCAAGAUAUCUUCUGAUGCAACAUUAAAGUUUGUAGCUUGCCAGAUUUAUCAGAAUGGAGGUUUGCAUACAGCGAGUUCUCAAUCUGCUCAAAAUCGAGUAUGCCCGCAAUGUUGCAUUGGCAAAGUGAUUAGAUUAUCUCGUCCACCUGAUAGUUAUUUUGGGAUUAUCAGACGAUUUGAUAAGUACAGCAGACAACAUACGAUCAUGUUUGAAGAUGGUACUGUUGACUUUCUAGACAUGUCUAAAGAAAUUUGGGAAGUUGCAACUUUCUGAUAUCAUUGUGAGUGGUAGAGUAACUGAAGCUGGCGAUUCCUCAUUUGGCCCUGGCUUAUACAAGCUAUUGUUGUAUCUUAUCUUCAAACCCCGUCUACAAUCAAAGAUCUUGGAACAGGCUUCAUAAAAAGUUUGUAACAAAUGUAAUGUAAACUUUUCUUGACAAAUAUUUUUUUCCCUCUCAACAAAGAAACUACUGAACUGUAUUAAUGAUUCACAUUAUAUCAUACAAAUUGAGGAAGCAAGUAGGGUGAUGUUGAUUUGUAGCCAACAUGAAGCAAGUGGAAGGGGUGGAUUGUCAAUUUGU